UUGGCUAGUCGACUACCUCGUGAGCGUCAGUUAACCGUAGUCCGUAUCGUGAUCAGGACUGUCUGUGCUAUUGCAUGCGCCAUUUUUUAGUUUCAUACUAUUGCCCUGUGAAUAGUUAAGUCUAGUUUGUUAUUAAUAUUACAUAAAACACUGUCAUUUAACUAUUGGCUUCCUUUCAUUAUAACUAAUAAAUGAUACUUGACUUUAAGUGAAACUCCGAAGAUUUGUCCGGCGGACGUUUAUGGCAUGGGGGUUGAGAUUUACCCUCUACAUUAUCCUCAGCUAGGCAUCAAGAGUGUCCAAACACCCAUCAUCAAUGUAGCAGACAGUAUGUGCGACACCAAGGCCCCUGGCACAAAACGGAAGUAUGAUGAAGAUUCAGGAGUGGACCCACUAGAUUUUAAACACCCUCUUUACUGUAACCAACGACAGUUAGUAUUUAAUAUGAGCGUAUGCAAGCUAAACAGACUACCUAUGAGACAGACACUCAGUUUGCGACGAUCUGUGCUAAUUUAUAACACUAUGCGUACUAUUCAAAGGGAGUGUGAACAGGAAGGGGUGAAAAUGAGCUAUGGUUCCAGUGGUCAUAUCAUUCGUCCACCUUAUAACCCCCAGAUGAUGACCCUUGAUCCACCUCCAGAUCCUUCACCUGUUGCGGUUGAUGGUGUUCCACAUAAAUCUUGCGACUCUUCAGAUGAAAACUUGAAAUUCUCCAACCAUCCAUCUACAACAGAAAUUAGUAGAAUGGAUAUAGAUGCCUACAAUUUGGUGAGAUCGUCAGAAAUGGCAGAUAUAAGCAGCUACUAUUCAAACAAACUUUUAGCAAUAGAAGAAAACGAUAAAAACUGUACAGAGAGUGAAUGUUGGACAAAAUCCUCACCUGAAGAGAGUUCAAAUGUUUUUAGUUGUAACGGAAGCUGCAGUCACCAACCUAAUGAUGAUUACGAAAGGUACAUGAUGGACUUUGACGCUUCUUCGGGUAGGCUGACCCCCUUCAUCAGGACGCUUUGUGAUCGUCUCGAUUCUGGUGCCUUAUGGAAUGAAGAUGGAGACAGACUAACUAGUCUGAAUUGGAGCUCAGUUCUAAACUUUAGUUCCUCGUCAAGUAACAGUUCUAGAACAGUCACCGUUGAUGGAAGUCUCACCACUGACAACAAUUUUGACUCAUCUUUUGAUGAAAGUUCAGGUCCUCCGACUCUAGCAACAACUCUUGGAACAUCGACAGAAUCCUCCCAACUUCAUUUGCUCAUGCCAGCUACUAGCAGUCAAUUAAUGACGGUUACGACGUCAUUGUCUUCUCUGGUUGGGCCCGAAGAAAAGUCCAAUACAAGCUCAAACACAAGCCCAACAUCUGGUCAUUCAAGCCCCACAAUGGACACAUUUUGCCCCGUAAGUAGCAGUAGCUCCAGCAGUAGUUCGAGCUCUGGGGAAGAAAUUUUCGGCGAUAUUGAUCUGUCUCUGUAUGAUUUUGAUGUGUACUCACCACUGUCUCCGCCCAACGUGAAACUAGCUCCGGUAAGCGCCGAAGAGCUCUUAAGAUUUUUGGUAGACAAUGGCCAUUCCCCAUGCCAGGUCACUACUGUCGUCUCGUGAUUCAUCAGUGCUUGAAAGUGGAGUCUUAACUUACUACCAAUAUUUUAAAUUUUCAGAAAGUGUUUUAACUUAAAAAUAUUUGGGAUUUUAUUCUUAAAUAUACUGCUUUUAAAUAUGUCAGCAACCAAGGGCAGGACUACACUCUCAAACUUGAAACGUGUGGGGCAUGAUGUACAAAUCAAAGUGCUCUAGUCAUCGGUGGUUACAGCCUUGUGUAUUAGUAACGUAGAAUAUUAUCCAAAUUUUAUACUAUUAAACGGCAGAAAUACCAAUAUUAGUUUAAAGUGUUAUGUAAAAUAAGGGACCAAAUAUUGGUUUUAAAGAUCAGUAAUUGGUUACAAACGUAGAAUAUAAGGUAUUGUCAAUGGUAUGUUCGUUUUCAUCGACUUUGUCACAAAAAACAACAUAAAUUUGUUAAGAAGACUUACCAGCAUAAUUCUUUUUAUUUACUUGUAAUGUAAUCACUGUUAACGAAAAAACCCACUAUUCAAAAUUUUAUAAACUUAGACAAAAUCAUUGUAGUUUGGGGUAGCAAUUGAUAUUGUGUGAUAUAUGUAGAAAGUAAGGAUCUACAAGUAAAGCACAUGAGCGAGUGCGAAGGAGGCUUAACUCGAAUUAAGUAUUGACCAAAGAGCCUAGGCCACAAACAUCAAACUAAAGUUAGGUCCCAAGUAUUUAUAUAAAAUUGUGAUCUCCAUGAUCUAUAUAAUUUUUUUUUUGUGAAACCUUUUUAUCUUUGUGCAGCUCUUUCAAUUAUUAACUGAGUUAAGCCUACUUCAUUGUUGCUAAAACUUGUUGCGCAUAUAAUAAGGCCUAACACACUAAAAAAGUACGUCCACAAGGUUUUAAGAACUGCUAUAUAUCGCACCAAAGAAGGGUGUAGUUUUAUAUUUUCUUUCCAACUAGAGCCACCUAAGCCUAAAUUACAGAUGGUUUGUAUAUAUAUGGUUACGAGUCGGAAAUGUUUAAUAAGGAAAAUUGUAUAUUUUUAUCUGUAAUUACAAUAUGAACCAAUACUAUAUUUCUAACUGUAAAUAACUGUUAAAUGUUUUACUUAUUAUAACCUGAACUGCAAGAACAUAAUUUCUUUACUAAACGCUGGCUUAUACGUGGAUGAGUUACUCUCUGUUUCGUCAGAGCGUGAUAUCAUAAAAUAUACACUAAUGGUAAUUGUUUUUUCACUUUCCUAUCAAAAUCGUUUACAUCUUGUUAUAAAUUACAAGUAUGUCCAGUCGAACGUCCUAGGUCCAACAGUUUUUGAAUAGUCACAAACAGUUUCAACCCUCCCUCAGUGUUUGUGUUUGAUGUGUGUCAGAGUUUUAAGUAUGUAAGUUGGGCUGAGGAUUCUUCUACAGUAGGUGUCAGUGACUUGUUGACAAUUAAUGCCAACAAUAAAUGGACAGCACACAAUCCACUUGUUUGAAAAUAAUAUAUUCAAAACAAUUCAAACGUAUGUACAAAUAUUAUUUACACUAUAGGAUAUCACAGCUUUAUCUAAAACUUUAAAUAAUUCUCUUUUCUUGUCAAAAGUCCACACAGGCUGAUUUAAUUACUUUUGAAUCCAAUUGACAAGACGAAUUAUUUUUCUCUACUUUGUUUCUUACUGUACAAUCUGCGAUAAUGGGCAAUUGAAGAUAAGUGGCGAUUAGCCUUGAAUAGAAAAAUAAAAAAUAAAAUGCUUGAAUAUUUUAAUUUCAAGCAAGAAUUACUUAGCUGAGUAAUUAAAUAGAUUGCAACUAAAAUUUCCCAUGUAAUUUAGCUACUUUAAAAAUUGAUAAAAAUUUUUAUUUGGUGUUUGUUAAUUGAAACUUGAUGAAGAUGAAGCAUACACAGUGUUCUCAUGGUAAUAUGAAUUUAAAAACGUGUUUUAACAUGAAUACCGAAAUGUUCCAUGCAUACACGUGCUGUUUUAGCGACAUCAAACUUUUGUUACAGAGGUUCGUAUUCUGUAUAACUUGUUGGCGUUUUUAAAUAAACAGACUAAACUAUUCUUUUUUUAUUGUUAGACAACCCUUUUCUCUGUCUGCAUGUGUUAAAUAAUGGGAUCUCGUGUAUUAUAAAAAGAGAGGGGUGUGAUAAUUGGGUAUGCUUUGUUAACAUACUCUAAAGAUUGCGUGGAUUUAAAAUCCAACACUUUAGCUCUUUAUAAACCAUCUUUUGUGACUUUCUGGGGUUGAAUUAUGAAGAAUACAAAAAUUCUGCAUAUCCUAUCUUCUAUCGACAAUCUGUCAUUCCUUAAUCAUUAGUUACAUUUUUAAUGGUAAUGUGAAAACAUUAAAGCUUAACAAUGUCAAAGAGUUGCUGUUCUCACAUUUUGUGGAAUCCACUUUUGUCGCACAUUCUGUGUAUGUAAAUAUGUAUAUAUGUGUAUGUAUGAAUAUUCUUGUACGUGUAUGUGUACAUUUAUAUUGGCCUGCUGGUUUGUGGUGUACUUUGAAAUUAAACAGUCUCUAAAUUCUUUAAUUUUGUUUUAUACUACAAUCUUGUUCUUCAACGCUACUGUAUACAGUUAUAAAAUAUACCUAUUUUUUUUUGUUUUGUUUUUCAACUGAAGAGCAUAAUAACAAACAUAUUACAAACUACUGAUUUCGAAACAAAAUUAUAAUGAUUAUUUUAUCGUAUACGGUUCUCUUUCACCCAGUGUUUUUAAACUACAAAGUUCCAAUAUGAUGUUUAUAAAAUUUGCUCUGAAAGUGUGUAACAAAACUAUUCACUAAUCUUUCGUAGAACCUAGGAAGAGGAGCAGAACGAAAUCUAUUUGAAUCGCCAUUUAAUCGUUAUUACUGAAUAAGUUAUGAAAAAAAAAUGUGUGAAUUACCAAGUUCUUUUAAAAAAACUGUAGUAUUAAAAAAGCUAACAACUUUCCAGAUUUAGUUUAAGUAAGAAUUGUUUGUUAUUGAGCUGAUUUCCCCAAAUCACGAAACACAUGAUUGUGAAGUUCCGUAAUAUUAAGCUUUGUCUGAAAAUGUAAAUACCCAUAAAAAAUUGUUUGGAUUUGUUGAUUAAUUAUCUUUGUAAGAUAUACACUAGUUUAAAAACACGACGCGGCAGUGAUACUGAGAUUAUUAACUUGAAAUUCGAGUUACUGUGACAACUAUGAAAUCUUGUGGGACCUUUAACAAGUAUUGAAAAUAUUUUAUGUACUCUGAAUAGUUGAACUGAAGUGAAGUAGUUGCAUUAUGUAGAAUAGAAUGAGUUAAAACAAUAAUGUGUUUGAUAUAUUACUGAGGAAUGAGAAGAAGGCUUCCACUUACAUUAUAAUUUCAUUGAUCAGACGUGUCUGUGCACGAAGUGAUUAUGGGAUCGAUGAACAAAUAACUGGAGGGUUUGGGUGUGACGUCAGAGGUGGUUUCUACAUUUAGGGAAGACUUUAUUUAUCAUAAUUUUAUUUUUUAAAGAGACAAAUUUUUAUCUCUUCAUUAGGUUCUAGGCAAACAAAUUGGAAUAUUUUCCGUUUGGUGGCCACCAACAGUAAUAAGCGUCAGUGCGGAACUCAUCACCAAAUGGUUGACUCUUUGUGAAUUUAUAUGGAGAAAUAGAAACAAAGAUGAAGAUUUAUUCAAAAAAAUACUGUUUAAUAUCGCAGAAUUUGCUACAUAAAUACCAUAUAAUGUUUUAUUAUUAAUUAUUUUAUUGCAUUACUAGUGUUAUUUUGAAAACGAUCUGUUGGUGGGCACUAAAUGGAAAAGACCCACAAAUUGUUCUGAGAUGUACACACCAGAUUUGUAUUAUAAUUCCUAACAUUUUCUUAAAUAUUCUCUCCCCCAGGACAAGCGAAACUAACAUCAUAGCUUAUAUUAUGUACUUCUAGACGUCUAAAAGAUUUAAAUGUAAUAAUAUUGUUCUAUAGAUUAUAGCCACAGGUGGCAAUACUUGUUCAUGUGAAAGCUGAAUAGUCAAAGAAAUAAAAUAUUAAGUGAAUUUUCUUGAAAUAUGUUUUUGAUUUUGAAAGAUGAAAAUGUUGAGGAAUAUACGUUAUGACUGAUUUUAUUUAUUUUAGAUCAUUUUGCUCUUUUAUGAAAAUGAAUAUUGUGUUUCAGUUACUAGAUAUUUUUUGGCCUUCCUUGUGAUUUGGAUAGAUCCUGACGAUAUAUUUAUUGCUAUUCGAGCACAGAAGAAACGAAAAGCUAGUGUAAAUAAGAAAGCAAAUAUCCAUUCAAUAUUAUUUAUAUAUACUUCCUAUGAAUAAAAUCCCUUUUUAGUAUGUAUGCAUCUUCCAAUUAAACCAAUGUUAAUGAUUUUA